AUGGCAGACUUAAUUAUAAAGCCGUUUCUUUGCGAAGCAAUAGAAAAAUCAUCGUUGCGUAUUGAAUGGGAAAAAUGGCUGCGAGCAUUUGAAAUUUAUUUAGAAUCUGAAGAUAUCGUUUCAGUAAGGCAAAAGAAAAACAAACUUUUACAUUUGGCAGGUACGCAAGUGCAAUCCGUAGCUUACUCUUUGCCAGGUGCGAUCGAAGCAUAUAAUGAGACAGCUAAGAACGAUGUCUAUCAAGUUUUAGUUGAUAAACUAAAUGCUCAUUUUUCUCCAAAGCAAAAUUCUAUUUUCGAAACACAUUUGUUUAGAACUAUAUGCCGCACCGAAGGUGAAACUUUUGCAAAAUUUGUUUUAAAAUUACGUCAGCAGAUAAAUAAAUGUUCUUUUGGCACUACAAAACAUGAAAUUGAAGAAAUCUGCCUUAAAGAUAAAAUUAUUGAUGCAUGGGCAUCAAAAGAGCUCAAAAAGAAACUUCUUGAAAAAGAACGUACUUUGGACGAAGUCAUUGCGGCGUGCCAAGUAGAUGAACAAAUAAAUCAACAAUCAGAAACCAUGAUAUCUGACACAGAUGGAAUUAGUUCAGUUAACAAAGUUAAAUACCAGGCACGGGCUUCGUUUGCCCAAGGUAGUGAAUGUGGUAGAUGUGGUCAAAAUAGCCACGCUGAUAAUAGCUCGUUGUGUCCAGCUAAACUAAUAAAAUGUAAUAAAUGUGGUCGCGUAGGGCAUUUCGCACGGAAAUGUAGGACAAAUUUAAAACGACAUUCUACCCAAUCUAACCUUAAAAACUCAAAACGUAAAUAUGAUAACAUUCGUUUGGUUAGUGAUGACGGUUGCGACGCAGAUAAACCUAAACUCGAAAGUCACUGUUUUAACAUAUUAAGUGACGAUGAAGAAGAGACAAUACAAGUGAAAAUUGGGGGUCAUUCGAUCUCCGUAAUAAUUGAUUCUGGGUCUCGGUUUAAUCUGGUAAGUCAAACUGACUGGUUGCAUUUACAAAAAGCAAAAGCUACGCUUUUCAACGUUCGCUCAAAUACCCAUAACCAAUUCAGAAGCUACGCCUCGGACCAAUUGCUUAAGGUAAUGUGCGUAUUUGAGGCGCCUAUAUCUGUUGAUAACAAUCCCGAGAUGAUUGCCUCAUUCUUCGUUAUUGAGAAUGGGGAACAAUCACUGCUUGGCCGUGAAACGGCAAUUAAACUGAACGUGUUACGACUUGGUUCCAACCUAAACCAUAUUGAGCCUUUGAAACCAUUUCCGAAAUGGAAAGAAGUUGUAAUCAAACUUUCUAUUAACCCAGAGAUAAAACCUGUACAACAGCCAAUGAGACGUAUUCCGGUAGCUUUGGAAGAAAAAGUGUUGGCUAAACUUGAUGAAGCACUAAGCCUAGACGUAAUUGAACCGGUGAUAGGUCACAGCCCCUGGAUAUCACCGAUGGUAUUAGCUUUUAAAGAAAACGGCGACAUUAGAAUAUGUUUGGACAUGCGUCUGGCAAACAGAGCAAUUUUACGCGAAAAUUAUCCGCUUCCCACCUUCGAAUCGUUUAUGACGAAAUUGAGAAACGCCAAAUUUUUCUCCCGGUUGGAUCUUAAAGACGCUUAUCACCAACUCGAGCUUCAUGAAAACAGUAGAGAAAUCACAACGUUUAUUACGCCUCGAGGACUUUUUCGCUAUAAACGAUUAAUGUUUGGAAUUAACUCAGCGCCAGAAAUCUUCCAAAGAAGGCUAGAACAGCUAUUAUCACCUUGUUCAAACGUUAUGAACUAUAUAGACGACGUCAUUAUUUUCGGUAGUGAUGAGAAGGAACAUGACAAAAAUGUUAAUGAAGUCUGCGAAAUUUUCAAAGCAAACAACGUUCUGCUAAACCAUCAGAAAUGUAUUUGGAAAACAAACAAAUUAAAAUUCCUUGGUCACAUUUUAUCCGACAAGGGAAUUGAAGUAGACCCAGAGAAGAUAACGACGAUAACCACAUUUCGUGACCCGGUCACUAAGGAAGAAGUUCGGAGUUUUCUAGGCCUGGUAACAUAUGUAGGCAAGUUCAUCCCCGAUUUAGCCACUCGCACCGAGCCGCUGAGACGUCUUCUCAUCAAAGAAAACAAUUUUUGUGUGGGGCAUGGUCGAGAAGAAGGCAUUUGA